AUGGCCAACGACAAGACGACGUCUUCUGACCCCCGCGAGGUCAUCCGCACCCUCUUCCGCUUUCUCGAUGCACAGGGCCAGGGCGACUACAUGGGUGAGGCCGUCUCGCAGCUGCAGCACUCGCUGCAAGCGGCAAACAGGGCCGUCGAGCACGGCGCCGACGAGCCCACGGUGCUGGCGGCGCUGCUGCACGAUGUCGGCCGCUUUAUCCCAGAGGCCGCGUCUCUUCCACAGCUGAUUGCCCCCGACGGCACGGCCUUUGGCACGGAAGCCCAUGAGCGCGUCGGCGAGCAGUACUUGCAGCGGCUUGGCUUCCCACCGUCUGUCUACGCCGUUGUUGGUGCGCACGUCUGGGCGAAGCGGUACCUGUGUGCCACGGAGCCGCAGUACUGGGCGUCUUUGAGCAAGCUCAGCAAAGUCACGCUGGAGCUGCAGGGCGGUACAUUUACACACGACGAGGUGGCAGAGGCCCGCAAGGACCCGCUGCUCGAAAACAAGCUCAACGUCCGGCGAUGGGACGACCUGGCCAAGGUGGCGGGCAAGGUCGUGCCGGGAUUGGAUGCGUACGAGGACAUGGCUGUGCACUGCCUUGCCGGCGCGAGGAUGAACGAAGCUUGA